AUGUCGCAGUGCAACUCAACGAUGGUUGAUCACCAGCAGGACUGGAACAGACUCAAUGUCCCUGACAAAAUGUAUGCGAAGCUAAUUUUACCGCAUGUUGGUUUGGUACUGCUAACAUGUGCCUACACCGUUGUUGGGGCGUCGAUAUUCUACAGCGUGGAGCAACCACAUGAGCUGGCCAGCAAACGGCGGCAGGUACACUUUGGAAACCAGUAA